CUACCAUGCCUUUUCUCCUCAAGAGGCCAAGGACACCGUGCCUUUGCAGCCAAUGGGCGGCCAGCGGGCCGAGGCCUUCGUCAAGGCCUUCCUGAAGCGCAGCAUGCCGCGCAUGAGCCAGGAGGCCCUGGAGGACCAACUGCAGCGCAAGGCUGUGGUCCUGGAGUACUUCACUCGCCCGAAACGCAAGGAGAGGAGGAAGAGAUCCAAAGGCCUCUCCGCCAGGCAGAGGAGGGAGCUGCGGCUCUUUGACAUCAAACCUGAACAACAGAGGUACAGUCUUUUUCUCCCGCUCCAUGAACUGUGGAAACAGUACAUCCGGGACCUGUGCAACGGCCUCAAGCCAGACACGCAGCCACAGAUGGUUCAGGCUAAGCUGUUAAAGGCGGAUCUGCACGGCGCGAUAAUUUCAGUCACAAAAUCCAAGUGCCCCUCCUAUGUGGGAGUCACUGGGAUCCUUCUCCAGGAGACAAAGCACGUCUUCAAAAUCAUCACCAAAGACGACCGCCUGAAAGUUAUUCCUAAGCUAAACUGUGUGUUCACUGUGGAAAUUGACGGCUUUAUUUCCUACAUUUACGGGAGCAAAUUCCAACUUCGAUCAAGUGAACGGUCUGCCAAGAAGUUCAAAGCGAAGGGAGUCAUCGACCUGUGA